CCAUCCCCUCCCCUGCAAACCCUAGGGCCAUGGCCAGGGACACGGCUUCUUCCUCCUCCCAUGGAGUGAAGAACUUUCCAGCCCAUGGUCUACUGUUCUUGUCCAGCUCGGUUUGGAAGGCCCGUUCGCUACUACUCCUUCCGUCCGAAAAAAGUUGUCUCCGCCGAAGUUUUACGAAAAACCCCUUCCCUUUCUUCCGACAAGCCACGCAGCCCAUCGCGCCUGCUCCGUCGCCUCGCCACGCGCCGGCGGCCUGCUCCGCUGCCUUGCCGCCUACUCUGCCGCCUCUCCGCCUGCUCCGUCGCCUCGCCACGCGCCGGCCGCCUCCUCCCCUCGUCUCGCCGCUUCUCUUCCUUCGCACCAGGAGAUCCAGAGGGAAGGAUCCCCUUUUCUGCAAAGCCCGCGACUUCCCGGCUCCGGCGGCGGUGCUCAUGUCCUGGAGGGAGUUGGGGCUUGAUCUGGAGGCAUGGAAGAUCCUCGAGCUCCUCGUCCUCGAGCUCCUCAUCCACCAGUUCCUCCUCCAGACCCCGAGCGGCUGCUGCGGAAUUCGACGGCGUGGGGGAAGACGACCACGGCAUGGGGAAGAUGAAGACUUGCUCCAGCCACAUGCCACUGCCCCGUGCUCAUCUUGCCGCUGCCAUUUCCCUCCUCGAGCUGGCGGACUGAUGAUGGAGGACCCGCCCUCUUCGCUGCACCGGCGUCGUUGCUGCCGCAUCUGCUCUGCUCCUGCUGCCCGCUCGCCCACGGUAGCGCAGCGAUUGGAGGAGGACUUGGUGCAGAGGAAUGGAGUACGAGUACGGAUGCUGCUUCCGUUAAUCUCAGAGGCAGCAAAGGAGGCGGGAGGAAGUCAUGGAGUAGUACCAGCAGAGGCAGAAGAGGAGGCGGGAAGAAGUCGAGGCCAAUUGAUUAGAAGCAGAGGCAACAACAGAGGUGGGAGGCGGCACUCGUCCUGCGAGCAGGUGGGUGGCGGCGGCCAGAGCAAGCGCACCGGCCAGAGCAAGCGCACCAGCGGGAGCUCGGGGCGCGACUCCUGUACGCCGUCUUUUCAACGGGUGGCAUCACCUGUGCCGCACUGAGGAGAGAUGGAGGCCGGCGCCGGCAUAGGAGAUGGAAGCCGGCAGUGGGGGCUUCGGCGAGGCGGUGGAGGCCGUACACAUUAUGCAGGGGUGAUGCAGGUGAGCGGCGGCGACGCAGGUGGGCGGAGGCGGCGCAGGUGCGGAGGCGGUGCAGGUGGGCGGCGACGCUAGCCCUGCGAGCUGGGCCGGCACUAGCGCGCGAGGCCUGACGGCGGCUCCGCUUGGGAAAGAUUUCGACGGUGCCGACUGGGAAGAAGGAAGGUGGAGGCGGGGUGAUUUGCACGAGAAUUAAAUCUCUGAGGGGUUUUUUUGCAAAAAAAAAGUUGAACUAUGGCUGGACAACUUUUUCCGGACGGAGGGAGUAGAUGCUGCAAUUCUUCGGUUUGGAGCAGAUUUAGAUGAUAGAACUGCUUUACUAAAUUUUUGAAUGGUUGCCAAUGCUUCGUUGGCACAUUGGUUGAAAGAACAAAACUGUGAAUGAUGGUGUUGGAUGAGUGAUGAUCUGACUGUUUGUUUUUCUGCUCUUCUGAACCAAACAGUGCCAUGGGACUGGCCAUUUGUAAUGAUGUUAGGCUUCAGGUCUCUCAAACUUCUUUGGUUGACUGAAAUAGUUCAGAAGGCAGUGUUCCGUAGGUUGCAUUA